GCCGCCACUCUACUGCCCACUCCAUUCCCCAUUCCUCCAGUCCGGCCAAAACCCUCGCCGCCAUGGCCGUGGUCGUCGUGGAUGUCCUGCGCUGGUUCCCCGGAGGCGAGGCCAUCUUCAGGGCCAAUGAAGCCUCGCUCUCCGCCGCCACCGGCCACUACGACGGCGAGGACCGCAUCAGCGCCCUCCACGACGACCUCCUCCGGGACAUCGUGUCCCGCCUCCCCGCCAAGGACGCCGCCCGCACCGCCGCGCUCGCCUCCCGCUGGCGCCAUCUCUGGCGCUCCACGCCGCUCGUCUUCCACGACCUCCACCUCCUUCCGUCCAGCGACCCCUGGCACAUCGCCGCCGUCGACCGCGUCCUCGCCGGCCACCCGGGCCCCUUCUCCACCGUCAGCAUCUGCUACUGCAACUUCGGGUGCCACGACCGCGAGCUCGCCGAGUGGCCGCGCCUCCUCGCCGCCAAGGGUGUCCGGGACCUCGUCCUCGUCAACAUGCACGCCGACAUCGAACGCGUCCCCGCCAUCCCCGAUUUCCCCGCCGACGUCCUCCGAUGCGCCUCGCUCCGCCGCCUCUUCCUGGGGUUCUGGAAAUUCCCCAUCACCGGCAUCGUCCCACCCGCCGGCGUCGGCAGCGCCGCUGACGGGUUCCCACACCUCCAGGAGCUCAGCUUGUUCGGCAGCGGCAUGCCCAACAGCCGCGACCUCGACCACCUGCUCGCCCGCAGCCCCGUUCUCGACACCCUCGCCAUCGUAUUCAGCAUGAUGUUCGAGCGCGUCCACCUCCGCAGCCAGAGCCUCAAGUGCGUGCUCCUCCGGCGUUGCUUAGUGGAGGAGGUCGCCGUCUUGAACUCCCCGCUCCUGGAGCGCCUCGUUAUGUGGAAACUCGUCGUCAGUGAAGACGAUUCGGUGGCUGUGACGGUCAAGAUUGCUGCUGCGCCCAAGCUGCGGGUGCUCGGCUACCUAGAGCCAAGAAUUCACCAGCUGCAGAUUGGCGACAAUGUCAUCAAGCCUGACACGAAGGUGAGCCCAAGCACCAUGGUUCCGAGUGUCAAGAUUCUGGCCUUGAAGGUGAACUUUGGUGUCUUUGAGGAGGUCAGCAUGCUGGCCAGCUUCCUCAGAUGCUUCCCCAACGUCGAAACGCUGCACAUCGAGUCGGUCAUAACCGAUGAACCCACUGGAAGGCACCAUGCCAGGUUCUGGCGAGAGCUCCGUCCUAUCAAAUGCCUGAAGUCGCAUGUCAAGAAGAUGAUGAUCCAUGAGUUCCGUGGGGAGCAAAGCGAAAUCAACUUCCUGAAGUUCGUCGCCGGGAGUGCAGAGAAGCUGGGGACUUUGCUUCUGGCGAUUACUGAAGAAAUGUUUGCUUCGGCGGAUGAGGUGUGUAAGGUGAUGAUCAAAGUGGCGGCUCUGUCGCGUAUGCCAUGGGCCUGCAAGGGCACUACACAGGUGGCGGGGCCUAAAGUGGAUGGCUGGAGCUUCCGCGAAGCAUCUGAUCUCUCUGUUAACGACCCUUUCGAGUGAUGCACUUGAUCCUAGGCUUUCAAGGUAUCAUGUACUCUUGUAUGCGCUGGCCAGUGGACACUCCCUUCAUUUUGUGGGCAUGGGUGCUGGUAAGAAAUGGUAGGUUUCAGGUUAGCAUGAGUAGCUGCAGGUGCUGAAGUUAGCAGAAACUACUGCAUGGUGAUCAACAUAGAUCUGUGUUUGAUGGAGGUUAUUAGGAGUUGAGACUUGAUAUUGCUUACUAUCCUAUCAUCUUUCGUCGUAA